UUGGAAAUCGAACAUGAAGUCAAUUGGACUUGAGGUUUGUAUGCUGCAAAUCAAAUCGCGAAAAUCGUCGUGGUUACUCGCAUCCUUCGCAAGAUACCAUGGAGUACGCAGACAUUGAUGACGCGGCGAGCCAUGGCGACCUCGAGUUCAUCAAGGGAAUUCGCGCGACGGACAAGUUCCUCUACCUGACGGAGCGCGCCAUGGACGCUGCCGCCGAGAACGGUCACCUGCAUGUGGUCCAGUGGUUGCACACGAACACACCAGAGGGGUGCACCGUGGCGGCUAUGGACGGAGCCGCAACCAACGGUCACUCUGACGUCGUCAGAUGGCUACACGAGAAUCGGCAGGAAGGAUGCACGACCCAGGCCUUGGACGGUGCCGCCAGUCGCGGAAACCUGGACAUGGUGCAGUGGUUGCAUGAAAAUCGGACGGAAGGAGCUACAGUGGCCGCCAUGGACAGCGCCGCCAGCUAUGGGCAUUUGCCUCUAGUUCAGUGGUUGCACCAGUUCCGCACAGAAGGCUGCUCGCCCAAAGCCAUGGACAGCGCGGCCGCCCACGGUUUCCUGCCUAUCGUCGAGUGGCUACACGCGAAUCGCCCAGAGAAAUGCACCGAAGAAGCCAUCAAAGGAGCGAUCAAGUACGACUUCCUGGACGUCGUCCGGUUCCUCAUCGAUCACGACUACUUCGUCGCUUCCAACUGUCGCAUCUACCUCCAUUACGCCGCCAAAUGCGGCCAUAUCGACAUCGUCCAGCACUUCGUCUCAUUGCAACCAACUCCACUCACCCCCGAAGCCCAAGACAGCAUCGUGGCCGCGUUGGACGUCGCUGCGCGCUACGGUCACUUAAAUGUCGUCGGCUUUCUCUUUCAGUGCGUAGGUCGCGCCAGUCCUAACGCGCUCGACAGCGCCGCCGCCAAGGGCCACUUGGACAUCGUGGCCUUUCUCCACCAACACAACCAGCCGUGCACCACUCGGGCGUUGGACAAGGCGAGCGAAGGCGGUUUCGCCAACACGGUGUCGUUCCUCCUUCAGCAUCGCAAUGAAGGUUGUACGACCCACGCGAUGGACUACGCUGCGUCCAAUGGCCAUCUGGAGGUCGUCCAACUCCUCGCAGCCAGCCCAGCCACCUGCUCGACCCACGCCCUGCGCUCGGCGGCUGCCGGAGGACACCAAGAUAUUGUGAGCAUCCUCCUGACGAAAUACCCCCACGCGAACUGGCCAUAUCAUGAAGCGAUUAAAGCGGCCACGUUCCACGGGCAUCGUAGUAUUGCUGACACAUUGGAGAUGGAACUGGUCUCGAACGGCAUGGCCAAGCGACUGAACGUGCACGACAACACCGUAGCCGCCGCAUCAGCAAAUCCAACUGGUCUCGCCCGCACUGCGUAGUUUGACUUUAUCAUUUUUUAGUCCAUUUUUUGAUUUUGUGCCCUUUGGGUCGAGGAAUGGACCAAUCAGAUUUCUCGA